AUGGGUCCUGGCAGGUCCUACAGCCCUGGCGACUCUCUACAUAUGCAGACAGCGGUUACCAUGACUACGCAGUCAACCCCGAAGCUCAUCACGAUGCAUACUAUAAUCAACCUUACGAACCGCACCCUCAAGAUCCUAACGCUGGAUUCGCAGGCCAGCGAUCCGUACAAAGACAACCCGCAGCAACAGCAGCCGGCUCCAGCGCCUAUCAAGAGAUGGAAGACAGUGAAACAGGUACUCUUGUACCGUGGAAACUUGGUUCUUGACUGCCCGGUUCCACCAAGACUGCUAAAUCAGCUGCCUCAUGGUGAGCGCGACGAGUUCACCCACAUGAGGUACUCUGCGGCGACUUGCGAUCCGUCUGAGUUCUACGAGCAAAACUUUACCCUACGGCAGAAGCUCUUCAGCAAGCCCCGCCAUACCGAGCUCUUUAUUGUGGUUACUAUGUACAACGAAGAUGAGAUUCUCUUCGCAAGGACAAUGAUUGGUGUUUUCAAGAACAUCGAAUACAUGUGCAAGCGUAAUGAAAGCAAGACUUGGGGCAAGGAUGCCUGGAAGAAGAUCGUGGUCUGCGUUGUCAGCGACGGUCGUGCUAAAAUCAACCCUAGAACGCGCGCCUUACUCUCUGGUCUAGGUGUAUACCAGGAGGGCAUUGGAAAGCAGCAAGUCAACGGGAAGGAUGUCACGGCGCAUAUUUACGAGUACACGACACAAGUCGGUCUGCAGAUCAAGAACGAUGUUGUCCAAUUGAUUCCAAAGCAGCAGCCUGUUCAGGUAUUGUUCUGCUUGAAGGAGAAGAACCAAAAGAAGAUCAACUCGCACAGAUGGUUUUUCCAGGCCUUUGGUCGUGUGCUAGACCCAAAUAUUUGCGUUCUUAUCGAUGCUGGUACGAAGCCCGGUGGUAACUCGAUUUACCAUCUUUGGAAAGCAUUCGAUCUCGAACCGAUGUGCGCCGGUGCUUGUGGUGAGAUCAAGGCUAUGUUGGGGACAGGUGGAAAGAACUUGGUCAAUCCUCUUGUGGCAGCUCAGAAUUUCGAGUACAAGAUGAGCAAUAUCCUCGACAAGCCACUUGAGUCGGCGUUCGGUUUCAUUUCUGUGUUGCCUGGUGCUUUCUCGGCUUAUCGAUAUGUUGCGCUGCAGAACGACAAGAAUGGCCACGGACCGUUGGAGAAGUACUUCGCAGGUGAGACGCUCCAUGGCGCCGGAGCUGGUAUCUUUACUGCGAAUAUGUACCUCGCCGAGGAUCGAAUUCUCUGCUUCGAACUUGUCACCAAACGAAAUUGUCACUGGAUCCUUCAGUACGUCAAGUCAGCUACUGGCGAAACUGAUGUACCGGAUACAGUUACAGAAUUGAUUCUCCAGCGACGUCGUUGGCUGAACGGGUCCUUCUUCGCUGCCAUUUACUCGACCGCUCAUUUCUACCAAUUCUUCCGCUCUGACCAUUCUAUCCUCCGAAAACUGGCUUUCUUCAUCGAAUUCACAUUCAACACUAUUAACAUGAUCUUCGCUUGGUUCGCUAUUGGCAACUUCUUCUUGGUCUUCAAGAUCUUGACAACGAGUUUGGGAGAUGCCAAUCUCCUUGGCAAUGUUGGAAAGAUUCUUGGUGUAGUGUUCGAAUGGCUCUAUGGUGUCUCCCUGAUUACCUGCUUCGUUUUGUCCAUGGGCAAUCGUCCUGCAGGUUCGGGUCCAUACUAUAUGGCCAUGGUUGUUUUCUGGGCUAUCAUCUUCAUCUAUCUCAUGUUUGCGGCCGUCUUCAUCUCCGUGAAGGCCAUCCAAGCGGACAUCUCUGACGGCUUCUCAGUCUCAGAUUUGUUCAAAAACCAGGUGUUCUACACGCUUAUUGUGUCUGUCAUGUCCACCUAUGGUAUCUGGUUGAUCGCCUCUCUGCUCAUGUUCGACCCUUGGCACAUGUUCACCUCUCUGGUUCAGUACAUGUUGCUCACUCCUACCUUCACCAACAUUCUCAACGUCUAUGCUUUCUGCAAUACGCACGAUAUUUCAUGGGGUACUAAGGGAGAUGACAAGCCUGACAAACUUCCCUCCGUCAACACAAAGGACGGUCAGGGUAAGACGGAUCUGCCAGAUGAGGGAGAUCUGAACGCCCAAUACGAGCGUGAACUCCAAGUCUUUGCGAGGAAACCUGUCAAGGAGGUGAAGGCGCUUACGCCAUCGCAGCUUGAUGAGAAACAGCUAGAUUACUAUCGUGGCGUCAGAACGGUGGUCGUGCUCGUGUGGAUGAUCACCAACUUCGCGCUGGCCGCCUUGGUGCUCAGUACGGCUGGUCUGGAGAAGAUAACACCUUCAGACUCGUCAGAGUCUAAACGAGCCACGAUUUACAUGGCGGCCGUGCUGUACUCUGUGGCCGUUCUCUCGGGCUUCAAAUUCUUGGGUGCAAUGUGGUUCUUGGUGGUCAGGAUGUUCCGUGGAGUUUAG